ACCAUGGAUCCUCCACACAAUCCGUUCAAUUUCCAUCUGGGAUCCUCGGCUGGCCACUCGCAUGGUUCACAUCAUCCGGAACAAACACCAAGCCCUCCCCAGAGUGUGCCUGGACGGAGAACUCCCCUAGGAACGGUUGGACUUGGGGGAUUCUACGCACAACCGCACGCAUCAGCUUCGACGCACACGGACGAAAACCGUCCUUCAGGAAGUUCGGAAAGCCCACCACCUCACCAUCUCCAUGCAUCCGUACCGGCCGGAGCGGGUGGUAAGCAGAAGAACCGCCAGGGCAAAACCGUACGCCUGAACAUCAAUGCACGCGAGCGACGUCGUAUGCACGAUCUGAACGAUGCCUUGGACGAGCUGCGCAGCGUCAUCCCUUACGCACAUUCGCCUUCCGUGCGUAAGCUCUCGAAGAUCGCUACACUACUGCUGGCCAAAAAUUACAUCCUAAUGCAGGCGAACGCCUUGGACGAGUUGAGAAGACUGCUAGCGUACAUACAGAGUGCCGCUGGAGCCAGCAUUCCUACGGUGGAUCUUCGUACAAUGCCUUCGGCUCUCAAAUUGCAGCAGCUACUGCAAGCACCCCAUCAAGAUCCAUCCCCAUCCUCCGGUCCGAUAGCAUCAACGGUAGGAUCGGCCAUAGCUACAACAACCGCGGCUGGACAACCGCAAAUCCCUCCACCACCGCCAGCUCCUAGUCAAAACCCCUGAAGAGAACAUGAACUGAGACGGAUCGGAUCUUCUAAAUCCCUUGCUGCAGCAUCGCGAACAAACUCGACGAUUAACGAGCAUUUCUUGUAGGUUAAGAGAUAUUUUCUGAGCAAAACACCGUAGGGUAACUGCCAACUACAUUAACGAUCUAGUCAUUUCGGUUUGGAUGCUGUGUUUUACGUUUUCUACAACUCUAUAUAUCUGUCUAUCUAUCGUAUUUAGCCAUGUGUACCUUGUAGGUUAUUUGUAAAGG